CACACAGCUCAUGCUUCUGGCUACACUCAUACGAGUUUAUUAGUUUUUAUGAUUAUCUGAAAAUAUUUUUGCUUGAAAGUAUCGUGACAAGUUAAAAUUAAAAUUUACAGAAUAAAAUUAAGGGGGAUUUUCCCUCUCUUUGGAUCCGCGCCAGCAUACAGUUUUGAUAUUUUUUGACUAAAUACAUCAAACCAAAUACGUUGUGCCGUCAUUAUGACAUCCGCGAAAGACUCCUGAGAGUGAACCAGUGAACGACUCAUCCACCUACGCUGAGUCAGUGCAUUGCUGGUGCAUUGGUGCAUUGGUGCAUCAGUACCACUACUACUGAUGUGAUCGUGAACAGUGUUGGAAUCCUGGAUUAGUGAAUGAUUUGAAAGUGGAAUUGUUAAUGCUUGUUUCCAAUAUUGAUUUAGAUUUAUUUUCAUAGAGUAUUGACUAUAUCUGUUGCAGUUGUCUGAGUGUUUAAACGAUAAGUUCUUGCUGCACCAGUACAGAAAAAUUCUGGUCUAAGACAAAGAAAAAUGUUCGGCCGCAAGAAAGAAGUCAGAGAAGGUCGGCGACAGAACUUGUCAAAGUAUGGAUUGUUAGAUAUUCCUGGCAUUGAUAACUCUGGUUUUGAUGUGAAUGAGGAUGGGGAUGAUGAUGAUGACGAUGCUCUUGAAGCUGAGUUACUGGCCUUGACUUCAGGAUCAACUGCCUCUCGACCAAAAAAAAAGACAGUUCUUCCCAGUCCUAGUGUCAAUCUAGACUCUAUGGUAGCGGAAAGUUUACGAGACAUUCCUUCAGAUGAUGAUGUGUCUGUAGAUGAAAACGAUCCUGCCUUGCUGAAUGAACUGAAUGAUCUGGUGGAUGACGAUGUUACGGAAGAAGCUCAAUCUUCAAAUCAGAGUCAUCCUCAGAAUGUAGCACCCAAAGAAGAUAUAAUUUCACUAUUACAAAGUAGGCAGAAAAUGUAUGAGGAAGCUGAAAGAAAUGCAAAAAGCAGUGGAGAAACUGCUCGUGCUAGAAGAUUUGCUCGAGGCAUCAAAACUUUGAAUGAUAUGAUAAAGCAAGCAUCUGCAGGUCGUGUUAUCAACGAAGAGGAAAUUCCACCGCCUGUGGUUAUCUCUAUAAAAAGAAAGUCCUCUGUAGAUGAGCCAAGUGCCCCUUCUCCUGCAGUACCCAGCCGGCCUGCCCCCCCUCCUCCUGUCCCUGGAAGAGUGCAGCCGUCGCCUUUGCCUGCUGCACCUGCACCUGCACCUGGAGGUGGUCCUGUCGAAUCCCUUAAUGAUGGUGCUGACGCUGUCUCAAGUGGUGGUGCUCCCAGCAGUGAACAAACUCAUGACAGCUCCUCUGACUCAUCUGCUCUGCAAGUGUUGCUUGCGAGGCGCAAUGAGUUUAAAGAGGCUGCCCUCGAAGCAAAGAGAAACGGAGACUCGAGUAAAGCGCUUCAGUAUGUGCGAGUGGUGAAGCAGUUUGAGCCUGUGAUAGCUGCUGCGGCUGCGGGUCAGCCAGUGGACUUGGGCUCCAUCCCUCCUCCACCUCGGGAAUACGAGUUGCAAGGCUCUGCUGCAAGCAGCAACCCGAGGAAGGAGAGUGCAGAGCAGCAGACAGCCCCUGAUAGAAGUGCAAGUAUGAUAGGAGAAAUUGCGGAAAUGAUGGCCAAUGCUGCUGCAGCCGCACAAGAGGAAAAUCUGGCUUCAGACGAGCCAGCUUUCAGUGCUCCACCCCCACCGACCACUGUCCUUGAAGCCUUGGAACAGAGACUGAUCAAGUAUAAAAGUGCAGAGCAAGCCGCUAAAGAAGAAGGGAAUUCAAGCAAAGUACGACGUAUGGGACGAAUAGUGAAACAGUAUGAAAGCGCUAUUAAGAUGCAUAAAGCAGGGAAGCCUAUUCCAGUGGAUGAAUUGCCCACUCCUCCAGGUUUCGGACCAAUUCCUGUGGAAGGAGGUAGUGGACCUGCAGCUGCUCCCUCUCCUGUGGCUGGUGCCCCUGUUUCUGCAACCCCUGCAACCCCUGCAACCCCUGCAGCACCUGCAGCGCCUGCUGCUCCAAGGACACCCGUUACUCCCCAGACGCCUCAAGAUGCGGAGCCCAGUGGAACUGCUGCAAAACUGAAUGUUCGGAAGUCUCCUCAGUCCCGUCAAGAAAAGCAACUCGCACUUCUGCUUAGUCGACAAAAGAAAUUUAGAGAAGCAGCUAUUGAAGCAAAGCGCAAAGGCGAGAUUAAUCAGGCCAAGGAGUACCUGCGGAUUGCAAAGGGUUUUGACCCACUGAUCGAAGCUUCCCAGAAUGGUCUCCUCAUAGAUCUGGCAUCUCUUCCAAUUCCUCCAGAAAACAAAGUGGAAUUAGAAACUGAUUUUGAUGUUGUAAAUUUGGAAGACUGCUUGCCUGGGACUGACUCUGAAAUCUAUGAAAAGUUGGAAGAGGAUUUAUUGAGGCAAACAAAGAUGUGUUUAACAACUAGAGAUCAUUUCAAAGCUACUGGUGAUAUAGCUAGUGCAAAUAGGUUUGAACAAUUGGCUUUGCAUUCAAAGAAAGACCUUGAUGCAGUGAAGUGCGCUCACAAACGAGGUGAUGCUGUUCCAAAGUUCCACUAUGAAACAAGAACAUUUAAUAUUGUACAAUGCUGCACAGAACUGGGGGAUAAUGAUUUGGAAUUAUCUGUUGUACAAGGAAUAAACUAUAACGUACCAAAUCCAAAGGAAGUGGACACGUAUGUGAAGUUUGAAUUUCCAUUUCCUGCAGAAACUCCAGUGAAAGAUAGGACUGGUAUCAUCAAGGAUACGAAUAAUCCUCAAUACAAUCAGACCUUUCUAUUGUCAAUACAACGAAAUGCUCGAGCCUGCCAGCGAGUGUUUAGAAGACAAGCUGUGAAAUUGGAGGUGUGGUCUAGAGGUGCAUCGACAGGUCAGUUUGGCACAGACUGUGUUGCUUCCUUUGUUUGUCGGGGACAAAGAGGGAAAGGAAAGCGGAAGAGUCAAGUAAAUUUUUGUAAUGAUUUAUUUUACAGAGGUUUCUUCCGUGGAGAUUCUCUCAUUGGAACUGCAACAGUGAAAUUAAUGCCUCUGGAAACUAAAUGCAUUAUUCAUGAUGCAUUUGAUUUAAUGGAUGGUCGCAAAGCAGUUGGAGGAAAGUUGGAAGUUAAAAUAAGAGUUCGUAAUCCAAUUCUUGCAAAACAAGUGGAAAAAGUCCAGGAGAAAUGGUUGGUUAUUGACCAAUACUGUUAAUAUACAUUUAUCUACAAACACCUUCAUCUGGCUUUAGUGCUAAUAGUAAUUACAGUGUCUUUCAAAUAUAAAAUUGGUGCAAAGCACAAAGAAUUCUGAAUGCUUUAAGCUUUGAUUGUACACCGUUGUAUAAUUUUAUGAGAUAUUUUUAUUUCUUGUGUGAAUAGGUAAAGAAUGUUAUAAUAAUUAUUAUUAUUAUCAUUAUUAUUAUUAUUAUUAUUAUUAUUAUUAUUAUUAUUAUUAUUGUUACUACUACUACUACUGCUACUACUAUUAUUGUGCAGAUUUUGCCACUGAUGUUUGUGAAUGGCUGUUUUAUCAAUUAUUAAUAUAUACUGUUAUAUUUUUACUUAUAUAGAAUUGAACAAGACUUGCAGUGUUGUCAUUGUUAUGUGUAUAUUUGAGAAUGUGAAAAAAACAAUAAUCUCAUUGUUAUCUUUAGUGCCUACACUAUUUCAUAAAAACAUGUAUAUUGAGCUCUGCUAUUAAAUAAGCCAAGUAUUCUUAUAAUCAGCGAAUCUUAAUCUUAUAAUUCAAACAUAUGAUACUAAAUGUUGCACGAUAAUUUUUUGUGCAAAGAAUCUACAAGAUGUUUAUUCUUCUUUAAUCUGUUCAUUUAUUUCAUACUUCUUUUCAUUGACAUAUCAG